GAGCGCACGCGCAGUGGGGUGGUGAGGCAGGUCGCGCCUGCGCGUGGCGGGCUGUGAGCCGCUCGCCCUCAGUUUAUCAACAUCCUUCUUGCACUCUGGGCAUCAGAACUGGACACAGGAUCCAAGCAGUGGUUGCACCAGUGCCAAAUAGAGGCUGUACACCAUGGCCCAAGCGGAGAAGAAAGGCGGACUGCUCUGGAAAUCUUCAGCCUCCAAGAAACUAUUGAAAGAGAAGGUUGUGCUAAUGUACGAUGAGAUCUUCAUGACAGAGGACCCCAGUAAAUGCAGCCCUCGGUUCUGGGAGGAGCUUUUCCUCAUGAAGGUGAACCUGGAGUAUCUAGAAAGCAAGCUGGAGUCUCUGGACGGAGAAGAGUUAAUGAAGAUAAAAGAUAACGUUAACUGUUUGUUCCAGCGCUGCAUCCAGGCCUUGGGAGAAGAGCACCCCAUCCGAGUGGUCAAUGCGUUACAGACGUUAUGUGCCCUGAUUCGUGGCGUCCAUCAGAAGAACAAAUCUACCUCUGGGUUUGACAUCAUCAACAUGCUCAUGGGCUUCGACAGAGCAGAGCUGUGCAUGAAGAAUCUGAUGGAGAGCUUGGACUCGCUGCUUUGUGCAGAAGGCUCCGAAAGCCUGAAGAGUUUGUGUCUGAAGCUGCUUCUCUGCUUGGUAACGGUGACAGACAACAUCAGCCAGAACACAAUCCUGGAAUAUGUGAUGAUUAACAGUAUAUUUGAAGCUAUUUUACAGAUUCUGUCCAACCCACCUAGUCGCCGGGAGCAUGGUUAUGACGCUGUUGUCCUUCUUGCUUUGCUAGUUAACUACAGAAAGUAUGAGUCGGUGAAUCCGUACAUUGUGAAACUCUCUAUUGUAGAUGACGAGGCCACGCUCAACGGAAUGGGUCUUGUCAUCGCCCAAGCGUUAUCGGAGUACAACAGGCAGUACAAAGAUAAGGAAGAGGAGCACCAGAGUGGCUUUUUCUCAGCCUUAACCAAUAUGGUGGGCAGCAUGUUCAUAGCCGAUGCUGAUGAGAAAAUCUCCGUCCAAACGAAUGAGGCGAUUCUUCUGGCCCUCUACGAAGCCGUUCAUUUAAACCGCAACUUCAUCACCGUGUUGGCACAGAGCCAUCCAGAAAUGGGGUUGGUGACAGUGCCGAUAAGCCCAAUUCCAACAACGCCAGUCACUCCACUCGGGACCACUCCGCCUUCUUCAGAUGUUAUAAGCUCUGCAGAGCUGCCUUUGGAUGCUGAUGUGCAGACUAGCAACCUGCUGAUAACCUUCUUAAAGUACAGCUCGAUUGUCAUGCAGGACACAAAAGACGAACACCGGCUCCACAGCGGCAAGCUCUGUCUUAUUAUCCUGACGUGCAUAGCAGAGGAUCAGUACGCAAAUGCUUUUUUGCAUGAUGACAACGUGAAUUUUCGAGUAAACCUGCACAGAAUGCCAAUGAGACACAGGAAGAAAGCCGCAGACAAGAACCUGCCCUGCCGCCCCCUGGUGUGUGCAGUCCUAGAUCUGAUGGUGGAGUUCAUCGUAACACACAUGAUGAAAGAGUUUCCUAUGGAUCUUUAUGUGCGGUGCAUUCAGAUCGUGCACAAGCUGCUGUGCUAUCAGAAGAAAUGCAGAGUGAGGCUUCAUUAUACCUGGCGGGAGCUCUGGUCAGCUCUGAUCAACUUGCUGAAAUUCCUCAUGUCCAACGAGACUGUGCUGUUGGCAAAACACAACAUCUUCACCUUGGCGCUCAUGGUAGUGAACUUGUUCAACAUGUUCAUCACCUACGGAGAUACCUUCCUCCCAACGCCCAGCAGCUACGAUGAGCUGUACUACGAGAUCAUCCGUAUGCACCAGAAUUUCGAUAACCUCUACUCCAUGGUUCUACGGCUAUCGACCAAUGCCGGUCAGUGGAAGGAGCCCGCCAGCAAGGUGACCCAUGCGUUAGUCAAUAUCAGAGCCAUCAUCAAUCACUUCAACCCAAAGAUCGAGUCUUACGCUGCAGUGAAUCACAUAUCCCAGCUCUCGGAGGAGCAGGUCUUGGAAGUGGUCCGCUCUAACUACGACACGCUCACCCUGAAGCUGCAGGACGGGCUGGAUCAGUACGAGCGCUACUCAGAGCAGCACAAGGAGGCUGCCUUCUUCAAAGAACUGGUUCGGUCCAUCAGCAUCAACGUGCGGAGGAACCUUGCCUUCAACACGCUGAGCCAGGAGGUCCUGCUGAAAGAGUUCUCCACCAUCUCUUGAGACAGAGGCGCUCAGCUGCCGCGCGGGGCUGUCAGGAGAGCGGCCCAUCUCGGUGCAAACACUACAGAGCUGCAGCCGACUGCCCCUCGCCCGCGGAAGGGACUGCACUUCCUGCGGGCACCUUGCCGCUGAGCGUUUGAUUCCCAGUGCGUGCAUUCCUCCCGGACCCUGCGCUCAAGGAGAGACACUCCCAUACAUACGUACAUGCCUGGGGCAGGGUUAGCUGAAGCAGGGACAUUGAUAGGCCGGGAGAGCAAUAGCAUCAUUGCCAGGGAAGACGUUGGAUGCCAUGGGAGUAGGUAGCUGCUUGGGCGGCAGUUCCGGCUGAGGACUAGCUGAGAGACUCCCUUGGGGGGCACGCACAUUAGCAAUGCAGAGGGCAGAGCUGGGGGGGGGAAGUUUCUCCCCUGAGCAGGGUCAGUCCAGAUGUGCUGGGGGGCAUUUGGGGAGAGAUCACUCACCUGUCUCUGCAGGAAAGAUAAAUUUGCCCCCACCCCCCAAGGAAGGGGCAGGCUGGCUAAGCAAACUUGGGGUUCAGAAGCCUCAUCACACCCAGGUGUGGGGGAGUCUCUCACUUCCAGGGCACUUGGCUGCGUCGCUCUGGUCUGAUCCUGCCUCCUGGAGUCUGCCCAUGACGGGUGCUGCAGGCUGGUCCUACCAUGGCUGAUGUCCCCUCGGGCCCGGUCUCGGGAAUCACUCCUCUGGAAAACGUCCCCAUGACACUCACUGCAUUAGAUGUUCCCAGGGCUUUGGGGGCAGGCUGGGGGAGCAGGACCAGCUCCCUUUCUCUCUCCCCCUCCCCCUUUAUUACCCCUCAAAGGCUCUGCACUGCCAUGGCUCUCCCCAUCCCCUGAGGGCUAGCCCAGCCUGCGACCCCCACUCGGCGCAUCCCCCAGUGGCCGAGCGGCCUAGCUGCCCCGGAGCUCAGAUCUUCACCUGGGUGGCUGGAGCAGCUAGGGGCUCCUGUGUUGUCAGGUACGUGCACCAACGUAAGAGGACGUGUGGGAGGGUGUUAGUUCAUUGGCUGGUCCCACCUCCAGCCUCUGCCAAGCGCUUUCGGAGAACUCUCCUCGGGGCAGUGUGAAAUGCAGGCCUUUCUGCACCCAGCCCUUUCAGAACCGAUUCCCUGGCUGGACAAUGGCUGUGCCAGCUGCCCCCUAAAUCAGCCCGGGCCAUGUGAAUGUCUUUCGUCACGCUUGCCCCGUCAGCUGCACGGAGUGAGAGCAUUGCCGACAUGCUCAGCUCAGCAGAAUCUGGAUUGAAGCAGAAGCCAGCCUCCAGCGCCGUCAACUGCUUCCACCUUUUCUAGAAAAUGAUCAAGUGCCUAGGUGGGAGGGGCUUCCACACGAGUGUUUUUUAAAAGUUCAAAUAAUGUUAAUGAGCCAUCUCCCCACCAUGGGCAAGGGAACUGUCCCAGCUAAAACGGAUCCUUAGCUCCCUGCCAGGCUGCCGGACAUACGGCCUGGGAGACCAGCUGAGGGGGCUGAGGAGGAUUGGAGCACUGGGUCCCCCUUGCUGAUCCAGGUUAGGCUGUACCUGGAAAGGUGGGGGCUGGGGGCAAGGCUGACCGCUCCAGAGACCAAGCCAACUGCCACGGUGUCUCAGCUUGUCCGUCUGGACCCCCACGAGAUCCCCUCUCCUGCAACGCCCCUCCCCUGGAUGAUGAGACGACAGCAGGGCCCGCGCUGGGAUCAGUCCCGAGGGCAGCUGCUGAGCCAGCCUGCGGGUGACACAUGUCCUGUUUAGCGUCGCUGAGCCCAGCACUGUCGAUGGAGGUCUCUGCAUAGCAUAGAGAGUGAAAUAAACGGGAAUGUUCGCCUUC